AUGAGCACCGCGGACAGGCAAGAAGCCUGUCGGCGUGCGUUCAAACGGGUGGCCGAGACGCGAGACGACACCGAGCGGCUGCGGCUUGUCAAAAAGGCCCUCGCCCUAUUCACCGACCGCGUCGAGCCCCCCGAGCUCCUACUCGACUCCUAUAUUCAAGAAGUUCAAGCAGUACUCGUCGACCCAUCGCUCUCGAUUCGUCUGAUCGUCAUUGAAUUCUUGACGGAGAUAUGUUUCCUCAGCAAGAAGACUAUUCGCUACUCGGUGGCCUCGUUUGGCGCCAAUUUACUCACCGAUGAUAUGGCCAUGUUAAAAGGGCUAAUUCGCGCCUUCGUUCGGCUCUACCCGACGAUUUUCCGCUGCAUCAUCGACCAGCAGCCCGACCUGUCGCACCAGGAAUUUUGGACGGUGAUGAGCCAGGUCAAGGGGAUUAUCCUCAGCUAUACCAACGACGACGAUCAAGAGAUCCAAAUCCUUGUGUUCAAGUUCAUCGAGGUCAUCAUUAUGUGCCAGUCGCUUCGAUCGGAGGGCGCUCACGCCGACUACCUGGUCCACCUCAACGACAUCACACCCGAUCACAAGGUGCUGAAGCACGACCAGCUUCACGACGAGGGGAAAUACUGUCUUUCGUCGAUCCUCGAUCAAAUCGCGCUGCCGCACAUCAGUUAUCAAUGUUUGAUCGUGGCGCUCGGGUCGGCGAUGAGUAUUGCCCGCAUCCGUAACGAGCACGUGAAGCCGGUGAUCGACUGCUUGGAAAUGUUGUACAUCAACUUGCCCCCCACGCUCAGCGCCGAACAAGUAAAAUCCACUCGAAAAGAGCUGAAGAUGCAUCUGUUGCGGCUGCUGAAAUUGCCGGCCGGUCUGGCCCAUCAAAAUCGCAUUGAGAUUAUGCUGACCGCGCUGGGGGCCAGUAAUUCGGAAAUUCAACGAGCCCUCUACGAGGCCAAGGAGCAAGUCUACACCAAGCGCCAAAAGCAGAGCGGCUCGAGAGAAUCAAGAAAACGGCCGGCUACGGGCACCGAGUACGAGGCCGAGGUGAAGAAAUCGGCACUCGAGGCCGACGACGACGAGCCGGCUUCAUCCAGCGAUCGCACCGCCGUCGACAUCACCUACCAGUUCAUAAUCGACCGGCUGUCGCAGGAGACGACCAUCAACUUGGUGUUGGCGACGAUGCCUUGUCUCCCCAAUAAACGGCCAGCUUCACUGCAGAAUUCGUUCGACAUCCAGGAGGCCGGCUCAAAGGAUCAUAAAAUGAUGCUCUGCCGAAUGCUGGCCACGCAGUUGACGCAGCAUGGCAUCGGGCCCGGCAUGUCGCACUUGGACGAGGAUAAGCGGAAACGGAAGAAGGAACGAGACGCCCUACAACGCUCCGGCGCCAUCCUCCCGCCAGAAGCCGGGAAAUCCGGUGCCAAACAUUCGACUUCCAAGCUCGGGUUCGAUAGGAAGCCGCUAGUCAAGCCAAAGACGGUAGAAGACACCUAUCUGCCCGUCAAAUCGUUCGACCUGCUCGAGGAGCCGGAAGAUGAGGAGAAGCUCGACAAGGAUCAGCUGUUUGGACUCGGCGUUCGAGCGGUCAUGGGCAAUGAGGAAGACAUUGUCAUAACGAAUCACGUGCUCGAUUAUCAGCUGACGCUCGUACGGCUGCUCUCCCGGUUUGAGACGGAUCCGAAGAAGAUGGAUGGUAUAGAAAUGCUGAUCAACUUCAUCAUCGCCGACCACCACAGCCGCGCCGAGCUGAUGGUGCUCUGGUUCACCGAGCUGUACACGCAGUAUUUGGGGUACAGCUUCUGCGGGGCGGACAAGACCGACAAGCAGGCGGCGAAAGAAGCCGCCCUCGGGAAGUACAACAUGAUCGUCGACAAGUUUUUGCGGAAGCUCGUGGCAAAGGGGUUGCUGAACGAGAUGGUCUUCCACCGCUUCUACCUGGAAGCCCCCCUGCUCAGCCCGGCGGCAAUGACUAUAUUCAAGGAGGCCUGCUUGUCACAGUCGUACGGCCACAUCUGCUUGAUCACGCUUCGGGAGAUGAUCAUCGCCCGGGUCGACUUCCGCGAGACGUUACUCCGGCUGUUGAUCGACAUCAGCGUCCAGGACGUGGCGGGGACGUCGGUGGAGGCCUCCAAGACGGCAAAGGAGUUGUUCACGUUCCGCUUCAUCCGGGACAUCCUCGUCAGGCUGCUCAAGGACAAUCUCCAGAAGUGCACCGUCACGCCGCCGCCAACUUCCUUCGCCAAGCCCGGGGAGCCAGCACCCACCGAGUGGACCGACAAGCUGUACUCCAUCGCCGUGCAGACGUACCUGGAGCUGAUCCCGCAAGACCCCGCCCUCAUCCACUACCUGGCCAGCGUGUACGCCGUCGGUAACAAUUUGCUGAAAAAGGCGAUACUCCAAAAAAUCGAGCUGCCCAUCGCCAACCACACGGACACGUCAGAGAUUGUCAACCUGAUCAACAACUGCCCGCAGAAAGCCGAGACGCUGGUGGCGCGUAUCGUCCACGUGCUAUCUGUUAAUAACCUGAUCAGCAAGCCACUGGUAAAAGCGAUGCAAGGCCUCUACGAGCGACGAUCUGGCGUUGAUGUCCGAAGUUUUGUGCCGAUUCUCAACCAUUUGCCAAAGGAGCAAAUCCUGGCGUUCCUGCCCAGCCUGAUGCUCGAGACGAUCAACCACAAGACGGUCGGCUACGUCUUCAAGCGGCUGACCUCGCCGACCUGCCCGCUCUCCGCCGUCGACCUGAUCAUCUCCAUCCACCGGUUGCAACCGGAAAAUGACGAGCAAGCAAAAUUGCAGAGACAGCACAUCACCCUGCUGUACAACGACUUCGGCCUGUCCUCCGACACCAUCUCGCACGCCGUCGACAAAAUGUUCAAGGAGAAGAGCUACCCGGAUUUGAUCUACGACACCAUCUUCUACCUGCAUUAUCGAUUCAAAAACCUUGCCAACUACGUGAAGAUCCUAUUGCCGAAGAUGGCCGAAUCUGGGAGCUGGCGGGAGGACGGGAAGAGCCGGAAGCGAUUCUUCGAGCUCCUGCGAAGAUUGGAGAGUACCGCUUUUCCGUUCGUGCUCUCGCGCUUCAAUGAGGCUGACGUCAAGGAUUUCCUGAAGAGCGCCGGCUCGGAACGGGCCGAGAAGGAGCUGCUCUCUGCGCUGCGCACAUUCUACGCCCAGGCCAGCCACGACUUCCACCGCAAGAUGGACGAGUCUGUGGUGGCGAUGGUCAAGGGAAAGGAAAGCUCGCGGAAGCCGUUCAAGACGAAAAGCAGCACUUCCGCCGCGAACGUCGCCGCUCCUGCUGCCACUGCGCAUACCACCACCCGCUACGAGGCGAUGAUCAAGGAGGAGCCCGUCGACAAC